AUGAAUAACAGCAACUUGGGACUUCUUGGAGAUGCUAACAUAUCUCUUCAGACUGAACUUCAGUCUUGUACCACACUGAGAAACCAGGCUUCUCGCAUCUUCCUGUACACCUUCCUCUCUCUUGGCAUUGUGUGCACAGUGGUGGGCAACUUCCUGGUUGUGUUAUCCAUUGCCUACUUCAAGCAGUUGCAGUCACCGACAAACUCCUUCGUCAUGUCCCUGGCAGUGGCUGACUGCCUUGUUGGCCUGGUAGUGAUGCCUUAUAGUAUGGUUCGGACUGUGGAGGGAUGCUGGCACUUUGGCACCCUUUUUUGCCAGCUUCACUCUAGCCUAGAUGUUAUGCUCUGCACUGCCUCCAUAUUACAUCUUAGCUGCAUUGCCUUUGACCGCUACUAUGCUGUCUGCAACCCAUUAGUUUACUCUUUAAAGAUGUCCCACGGUCGGGUAGCUCUCCUAAUUAUUGUAUGUUGGGCUGUGCCCAUGCUCAUUUCCUUUGGUCCCAUAAUGCUAGAACUCCAUAUUGCUGAUGUGGACAUCUUGUUUUCUAAAGAUAUAUGUGUGUUCUUGGUCAAUCGCAUUUAUGCUGUCAUGGCCUCCUUGGUAGCCUUUUACUUGCCAAUGGCUAUCAUGCUAGUGGCCUACUGGAAGAUCUUCAAAGCUGCCAAACGGCAGGCCAGGCAGAUCAGUGCCAUAGAAAGCCAGAUGGCUGCAGGAGUGGGAAAGGACUCAAGCAAAAAACAAAGACACCGAAACACUAUAAAGAGGGAGAAAAAGGCAGCAAAAACUUUGGGUAUCAUCAUGGGAGUUUUCCUUAUCUUUUGGAUGCCAUUCUUUACAGUGAACAUUGUGGACCCCUUCAUUGAAUAUAGCACAGAGGGGAUUGUCUGGGAUAUAUUUUUGUGGUUAGGAUAUAUGAACUCAUCUCUAAAUCCCUUUUUAUAUGGUUUCUUCAAUCGCUCCUUCCACAAGGCAUUCCUCAUGUUCAUGGGCUGCAGGGUAUGCCUGCCUGGAUCCUUCCCUGGGAUGGAGCUAUCACACACUAGAAAGGAGGCAAAUGAACAUGCAGAUCAACCAUAA